CAGCAACUAGACAACCCAAUUUUACAAGAUUAUCUUAUUUCUCAAGAAGUUCACCAAGUGUUCCAAAACUUCCUGCCAGAGCAACCUCAAGGCGUGUGUUCUCCAUAUCAGCACGCUUAGAGACUUCAAGGUUUAGAACAAACAGCAGCACGUGACAAAACAUCACAAAUGAAAGCACACUGUGUUCACCUCGUCAAGGAAGAAAAAAAGAGAAAGGUGGAAGAGGCAGAGAAAGGAGUAAGAGAAGCGACAGAAGGAAGAGAGUAAGCGAGAGAAGGGCAUGAUCUCGUUGGACAUCAUAUUGCUGGUCUGUUCAAGGAAGAUGCGGGACCAAGGUUUGGAACCAGGCUGUUGGCAGACUGUAGGAACCGGGCAGCUAUCUGUGAAUCCAGAAAGAGAAACGGGGUAACAAAUCAAGUCUUCAAAGAGCAAAGCCGAUUUCAACGACUGAAGGGUGUUCUCCAGGCCCACAGGAGACACUCGUGUCCUCACCAUGGCCAUACGUCUCAACCCUCCCAUCGCCAAUCCUCUUUCCUCUGUCCGGGUGAGAUCAGAUGGGACCGGCCAGCGCACAUCAGCAAGUCACCCCCUUGGAGACCAGGAUGCCCACCUCCCCUUCUCCAGCUUCUACAGUCCCAGGAGACUACAGCAGACGCGUGUAUCAAGGCGUGCGAGUCAAGCACACGGUCAAAGAUCUACUGGCUGAAAAACGGUCCCGGCAGACAAGUAACUCAAGGUUUAAUGAGGCCUGUGAGGUGCCGAGUCCCUGGAGCUUCAGCAUCCAGCCAGCGCCCCAGCUGCUGCUGACCACCAUGUCGGAGAAACCGAAGGUGUAUCAAGGUGUCCGGGUGAAGAUAACGGUGAAGGAGCUGCUGCAGCAGAGAAGGGCACACCAGGCAGCCUCAGGGGGAACCCUGCCUGGGGGCAACGGCGUCCGCCUUUCAGACCCAGGCCCACCAUCUUCUGCAGGGCUGUAUUUUGAGUCUGAACCGGUUUCUUCCAUGUCCAAUUAUUUUCAACCCCAAGAAUUUUCCAGUUGUGUUUCUUGUGAAGAAAAUACAAGCUGCCUCGACCAGAUCUUUGAUUCCUACCUUCAGACAGAGACACACCUGGACCCUUCGCUCAAUUCCACUCAGAGCACUCCCCACUAUUUCCCUGACAGCUUCCAAGCUGCCCCUUUCUGCUUUAACCAGAGCCUGACCCCAGGAUCGCCUUCGGAUUCCUCCACUCUGUCGAGUUCCUUAGACUACAGUUACUCGCUGGCUCAGCUACCUUCAUGUGCUCCGGAGAAUUACAAUUCUCCCCCUUCUCUGGACACCAGAAACUGUGGCUAUCCCUCAGAAGACUACUCCUACUCACAUUUGCCCUCGUACACCCAGUACGACUGCUUCUCCUCAGCCAGCACCUCAGUCUGCUACUGUGCAUCGUGUGAGGCAGAACACUUGGACACCCUCAGAGCAGCAGAGUAUUUUUCCUAUCCCGGCACAGACUAUGUGAACUUGGCCCCCUCAGCGGCCACAGCCAGCGAGUUCUAUAAGAAGGGAACAGACUGGGACAUCUGCUAUAGUUAAUGGCAAUUACAUUAAUUUGGAACACGGCGUGAAUAUCUCUGUCUUUCGGCCACACCAAAUGACAACUCGAAAUAUGCAGCCUGUUAACAAAAUAUCACAAAGCCCGGUUCCCAUGUCGGAUUUCCGAUGUUCUGAUGCUCACUUAGGCAUUAAUAUGAAGUCUUUCAGACCUGGUCAUUGUGCCAGUCCUACUUUGUAUGCUCACAGUUAAAAUUGUUUAUAGGGACUGUUCAGUUGUUUUACUUUUCUAUGUA